UUCGUUGUCUUUAUAACUGUGUUUCCUUCAUGUCAUUACAUGUUUUUGUUGUAAAUAUGAUGGUCUUCCAGCAUCUUCAACUUGGAAAGUAAUUGACCUCUGAGAUGUUCUAUUUGCUAGGCAGAAAAAUUAGGAGGAAACACAUCUAAUCCAGUGGAAAGUAGAAAAUUUGUGUUAUUAUGCAUUACGUUUAUUUUCAAUUCAUCUGACUUAGGUUCUUAGAGAUAUUUCCAAAAACAAACAAAUGUCUUUUGCAGAAUGGGAGCUGAGAGUUACAUGCCAAAAUUGCAUGACCUUGGAUAAGUUCAAAAUAUUAAAACAGAAUUUAAGCGUAUAGAUCUAUUUACCAUAACCAUAAAACAGAAUUUAAGCGUAUAGAUUUAUUUACCAUAGCCAUCACCAGUGUGUGAUGCACUAUUAAAUGUCACAUUAAAAGCUGCUCUUUUAAAAUAGACAACAGCCUUGCGUAUUUCAUCACAUUCAUCUUUUCCCCCAUUGUUAUUCUCUCCAGUUUCCAGUUCCCUGGAGUAUUUUCAAACCUCUUUUCUGAUGUCAAUGGAUGUCAGUUCUGACUCAACAAUAGAGAUGGUGGUGCAAGAUCAAAACUUGCCUCCGACCUCUCCUUCUCAUCAGAAUAGAUGUACUAGAAGCAGUCAACAAGGUUCUUCCUCCUCUAAACUCAAAGGAGUGAUACCACUGAAAGGUGGUAUGUGGGGGGCAAGGAUCACCUGUAACUACAAGCGAUACAGGCUUGGGACAUAUGAAACAGAGAUCGAGGCAGCUAAAGCAUAUGAUAGAGCUGCAGUCAAGAUGCCGCGAGCUCAUUCCCUAAACUUCCACCGGAUUAAUUACAGUGUAGAAGAGAGCGCUUUCCAAAGUCAGUGCUCAAUUGAGGAAGUUCUGAGGAUGUUGCAGGAUAAAACGUACUCAUCGAUGCUUCAGAAUUUUAUUUUGAAUCAUUCAACUUGUGUUGGAUUUCAUACAGAGGCCUUCAUGAAGGAACAAGGGAUUUCAUAUGACUUUCUCUUUAAGAAGGAACUGAGUCAUAUGGAUGUCACUCACAAGUGCUUCCUGAUUCAAGGGGAUUAUGCAUCACUACAUUCCCCCCCAAUAGAAGAUGAAGGCUGGAAUAGCUUUGCCACUUUGUAUGAUAUACAUCGCCACUCAUGGACAUUUGGAUGUUCAUAUUGGCAGAGUACACAAAGCUUUAUUUUUACUAGUGGCUGGGGAGACUUUCUCGAGAUGUAUAACCUGAAGGAGAAAGACAAAAUAAUAAUUUACAGAUGCCAGUACCAAGGGGAUGCUGUCGAGAGAAAAUUUCACUUGAUUAAUGUGCUGAGAAGUACUGCAGAAAGUUCUGUUGUUGGUAUGACUACAGAGCAAGAUGUCGGUUUAAGAGGAAGCUUGAACAAGGAGUUGGAGGCUGAUUGCACUAGUGAGGAGAAAAAGAGAGGGUUUAAGCUCUUUGGUGUUGAGAUUAGUGGUUAACAAUUAGCUACAACCCGAGUUUGAGGCUUUUUUCUUUUUAUUUUCUUUUGGUUAUCUCGGCUAUACACAUUUUUGUAUUUUGCUCAUUUGAAAGUAGUUGCAUCUUGUCUGUAUCUCAACUUUUCGAGGGUUGAGUAGUUUUUAAAUUUCAAGGCUGUUUCAUAGAGAACAUUUGAGUAUGUAUUUUCAGUACUGAUAGUUUUGCAGAACUUAGAAUGCAAUUUCAAUUGUAUCCAUCAGUAUCUGUGAGUGAUUACUA